AUUGAUCAACGAAUAAAGCCGCAAAUCAAGCAAAGGAUGUGCAGUGCGAAGUGUUAAUCUCGUUUUAAAAAUAGACUUAAUUGUGGAAAGUGAAAGGUUAAGAUAUCAGUGAUAUCAGCGAGCUGUGUGAACAUUAGUUUCCUUUGACAUCCUUUUGAAUAGCUAAAAAAUUUGUGAAAGGAUUUGAUUGAAAUUUUAAAAUUAAAAUUUUUUUUUUUCAAAAAUGUCAAUGAACCGUUUGGCAAUUGUCGCCGCAAUUGGUACACAUAAUACUAUGAAAAACCGGAGUGAUGAUAUUCGAUGGAAUAGUCAUCCACAGAUUGAAGCCCAUGAACGACCCAAUAAUCAAAAAUUCAGUGGAGACGUUAAUGUUCUGCUGGGAGGGGCAAUGUUUUCUCUUGCACUGUCGAUUACAUGUUUCCUCUGCUAUUGCUGCCACCGAAGCCUGAAGCGACGCGACAUUUUAUAUCAACAGCGUUGGACACAUGUUGACCCGAACAUGGACAUAUACAGCGUCGAACAGUACUACGACAUCACCGCUAACAACGGAAUCGACGACGACCAGUACGCUCAGAUAAUGAGAAACCACGGUCCGCCACCUGCCUACGACAUUGCCGUAACAAUGAAGAAUCCGAUGAAAAUGAAUAUAUGUCAUCUAUGCCAGAACAAAGUUCGCAUGAACUGUGACUGCGAUUCGCGGAAUGCCAACGAACUACCAGCGAAAACCAAACGUGCAACCGAACAAUUGUUGAACGUACAGACCAUGUCUGAACAACAAAAUCUGCAUCAACGAACCACAGCCGACACAUGCGACAAGUGUGACAAUGAAUUACGAUACAAAAAUAAGAACGUGUGUAACGAAGACUUACUGAAUGGUAACUGUCAAGAGGAUGAAUAUUGCCAGUGUACAAACGCCUAUAAAUAUGUGCCUAACUGUCGAGCAUGCGGGAAAGAUCUUUAUGCGCCGAACGGGACAAGCAAUGAACACGACAUCAACGAUAAUGUGCCUUCAACGUCAGGAGACGGAUAUGUCUGCAGUAAUGGUGAUAUUAAUAGUAAUUAUGAGGGUAGUGAUGAUGAAGAAGGCGAAUUUGAUUCAUUAAAUCAAAAUGGGAUCAUUCGAGUUGAUAUGAAAAAAUUGAUUGAUGAUCAGACCGGGCUACCCACUUACGAGGCAGCUUUAAAAUUAGAGUCUAGCGGAUAUGUUUAAAUGGAGAAGACGUUGAAAAAUAUUCUCUUUAGAACUGAACCUCUGGACUACCUCUAAAGUAAUACUUAUAUGUAAGUUUAACUACUCUCCUUUUAAAAGCUCUCUUCUGUUUUAAACAAAAUGUCAUUUAAAGUUCCCAAAGACUAGUUAUUGUUCUCAGAGAAACAAAAAAGUUAAUUGGAAAGUGGAGUUGUCAUUUAAUGUGGGCUCGUUGUUAAACACUUAAAUUUUGACUAGUUGCUUGACGUUGACCAACCAGAAAUGGAAAGAAUAUUUAUAACAAAAAGUAACCCUGUGAUACUAGAAUAACUCAUUCUGGAAAUAUUUUACAUUAGAAUAUAAAUUGUAUCAAGGUCAGUUCAGGGUCGGACUGGCUAUCAACAGAUGAACCGGACGAUGUUGCAAAAAAGAAUCAAAAAGCUCGAAAAAUUAAAUUUUCAUAAAAAAAUU